AUGGAUGAGAAGAAGUACAAGCUCAUGAAGAAAAACAUUGCACAGAUCAUGAAAUUUCCUAAUACUGGUCCGUUUUAUGAAGUGACGAAUGACCAAGUGAUCCAUAUGUUCAAUGAGAUGGGUCAUCAAACCCCAUUCACCAGAAUCAAUCAGUUCAAGAAGCGUUCUUCACCCGACAUCUGGAAUUUUCUGUUUGGAAUUUUUCUUCAUUGUCUCACAAGUCGAAGUGAUGGUCUUGACAAAGCCGAGUUGGAGAUCUAUGCCUUGAUCGUUGGCUUAUAUUAUGAUUUAAAUGUGGAUUAUGUUUCUCAGUUAUGGGAGGAGUUUGAAACUGUUAAAGAACUUUGUGAAGUAGCCAAAGAACGACGUAUUCUUUUUGUCGAAGAGGUCAAGAAAGUUCAAGAUUAUGUAACUUUAAAGGUGGAGUCCCUUAGGUCUGAAAUGUCGAAGGAGGUGAAUAAGCUUGAACAUAGUCAUUUGUCUCUUCAUACUAAACUUGAUGUUGUUACUCAGGCCAUCCACAAGGUUGUUGAAAAUUUCACUACAUUCUCGACCAAGGAUUCGCAGGAUUUAUUAUCCCAAAUGUUUUCCUCUUUGGAGUCCAAUCUGAAAGCCGAACUUGCUCCUCUUCUAAAGAUUGUGAAUUUUGAUGCCAACAGAUGCCCCACUUAUUACAAUAGGGGUGCAAGGAGGACAAAAGGGUGUUGGUUCAUUAAAAGAUCCUGA